AUGAACGGCACGGCGCCUGCCAAUAUAUCGUCCGUCACGGCGUCCUUGGCGGAUGUUCUCGAUAUGCCUCCCGAGUUCAGCGCCCUGUUGACGGCUUUCCUGUCCCUCGCUGCUUUGCGCGAUUGGUUCAAGCUUGCCAUCAUCGGUGGCUUUAUUGAGACUUGUCGCAGACUCUACUCCACAUCCUGGACUGGGUUUCUCGAUAAAUUUUGGGUCGUUGCUUCCUUCGAUGACGAUGACACCAGCUACAAUUGGAUCCUUUUCUGGCUCUCCAAGCAUCCAACGUGGAGUAAAGCCAGAAGAAUUGAAGUCACCACCAGAGAUUUUGACCUGAACUCCGACCUUAUGGAAGAUGAUGAUGAAGAUCGUCAGAUGACGUACAUUCCAUCUCUGUCCUCAAAAUACUCCCUCUGGUACAAGGGCCACUACAUGACAGUCUCGCGUAGUGAAGUUCAGAAUGGCACAUGGCGCACGAAGGAGAGAGUAGAAAUAUGUAUUCUCAGUCGUGAUACUUCAAUCCUCAGCGAUCUUGUUCUUGAGGCCAAAACUUAUUAUAAGGCUGCGAAAGACCACUUGAUCGCUAUUCAUGUCUCUGAUCCUUCAAACAACUGGAGACGGGUCGCAUCUCGUCCAAAACGACCCCUUAAAUCCAUCAUCCUUGACCCAGGUAUAAAGGAUUUGCUGCUCAACGACGCAGAGGAUUUCCUGCAGAGCAGGGACUGGUAUUCUGACCGAGGCAUUCCAUUCCGCAGGGGUUAUCUAUUGUAUGGAGCCCCUGGUUCUGGCAAGACAUCCAUCAUUCAGAGCUUGGCUGGUGAACUGGGAUUGGAUGUCUUCAUCAUCUCACUCUCACGUUCUGGACUCGAUGACAGCUCGCUCAGUGAACUCAUUUCUGAGUUGCCAAAGCGCUGCAUCGCUCUCAUGGAAGAUAUCGACGCAGCAUUCCACCAGGGUGUUCGCCGGGACCGCGAGCUGGAUGCCACACCUGACUCCGGAAAGUCGGAGAAGCAAGAGCAUGACAAGGAGCGCGACUCGCCCCUCAGCCGAGUAACGCUUAGCGGGCUUCUUAACGCGCUCGAUGGCAUCGGUGCACAAGAGGGCCGCAUUCUCUUUGCGACCACAAACGACUACCACGCGCUCGACCCCGCAUUGUGCCGCCCCGGGCGUAUGGACCUACACAUUGAGUUCAAGCUGGCGAGCAAGCUUCAGGCGGAGGAGCUCUACAAGUGCUUCUACAUGCCUUCCGGCCCGGCCGCAGAGGAUGCUAAGGCACAAAGCGACACGUCUGGCGACUCCGGAUACGCGUCGCCUGCGUCGUCCGCCGCGAAGGAUCUUGCUGACGCCGGGCCGCCCUCUCCCACUGGGUCCACCGAUUCAACCACGUUAUCGUCAUCGGACGCUGAGAAGCAGAGUUUGCUGUAUACUGGCAGCUUGUCUUCUUUCCGCGCGCCACUGCUUCCUCGCGAGAAGGUCCACGAGCUCGCUGCGCGAUUUGCCGAGACGAUCCCCGAGCGAGAAUUAUCCAUGGCGAGCUUGCAGGGCUAUUUGAUGACGUACAAGAUCCGCCCUUAUGAAGCGGUUGACGGUGCACUUGCGUGGGUGGUGAAGCAGCUGGAGGAGAAGGAGAAGGCAAAGAGCGCAAGGGGACGUUCUGGGUUACGGCCUGAUGAUGUGACGCCUGACAAUGACGAUUGA